CAAAAUGUUAAGUUAGAUCGAGUAAUUUUAGACGUAAAAGAUUUCACCUAAAACUGGGCGGUGUCAGGCCUAUUGUCUAGUUUUUGGUACUGAUGCACACCCAAACGAGCUUUAUAAUCCUUAAUGUUAAAUGUAAUGCUUCAGAUCUUUGAUCGCUAAAGAACUAUUUCAUAUUUAGUGGUUUUGAAUAUGACAGUUGCAUUGCAGGUGGGCGUGGUUGUCAUUCGAUUUCGACUAUUUUCAUAUUGUAACAUAAAUUUCUAAAACGAUAUGUUUCCAUCAGGUUUGGUUGAUAUAACUUGAGUUUGAGAAACAAUAGGUACAUUAAACCUUUAAGUAAGCGGGCCUGCUCCUAGUUUAUAAAAAGUUUAAGCUCCUCUUCAGUACCAAAUUUAUGUCUUUUUGUAUCAUUUGUAAAUUAGUUACAUCACUUUAUAUAGUAGUUAUGUGGGCGUGGAAACGGGUCGAUUUUUUUAUUUGCAAUACCAAACAGUUCUGGGUGCCAAGGAUCAUAUGUACAAAGUUUUAUAAAAAUUUCCUAAUUUUUACUCAAAUUAUCGUUUGCAGAGACAGACUGACGGACGUCGUCUCAGCAACCCGAUCAGUUUGAUCUAUUUAACUCUAUAUUUCUCUAAAUUAGUUUUAGAUAUUAGAAAUAACCGGUAGCUGAACAGAACGAUUAUAUGGUACUACUUGCAACAUAUUGCAAGAGUGUAAAAAGGUAGAUAAAUUGAUAAAAUUAUGCGUAAAUAGUUCCAAACAACACUUUGUCUACAACGCAAUACACCAGCAUCUUUACUCUUUCUUUGUGGUUACACAAUAAAAUUUUUUUCAACAUUUCUGAAUACAUUUUUAUUAUUAAAAGUAGCAAUAGUUUUAUGAUUUAUAGUUUAUAUCUUUACACACCGUUAUACUAUCAUAAAGCCCAUAUAUAAAAUAGAAUGUGGUAAGAAUUUUGCAUGAGCAGCAAUGCUUUGAGCACUUGCUAUAUUCCCCUCACUGCUGUCGUUGUUGUUUUAUCUCCUCAAAUUACAGAUUUCGGCAAUAUUUGCAUGCCUUUGUGCUUAGAGUUUGCCAAAUCUGCACCGAAGGCAUUUAAUUGCAUUCCAAAAAGGCAAUAUUAUUAUCAUCGAAGCUUUUGUGUGGUGAGAAGGAAAAUGCUGAUAUUGUGAUAACGGUAUAAUGUAGUGCAACACAGUAUAAAGUCCUUAAGAUAGAUACAGUUUAAGAUCUCUGUUUAUUCAUGUUGGCAUAGUCGAAUGUGUGGUGAUUACAACACGAUGGGUUGUUGGCUGCAAUCUCUAGCAGCUGUUAACUUUCAUCUUUAAAGGCUAAAUGCUGUCUACCCAUCUUUUAACCACAUCUCGUCAGCUAACAUAAGGAAACUUAACAACGUGCUUGAGCUGAUGGUGGUGACUUACUCUAUUUACUGCUACUACCAUCGGAACGGCUCUCUUUUUGUAGUUCUGGACAUUCAAAGAGUAGUUGCUUCGGUGUAUUCGUCGCGAGGUCGUAGAAUCGAUUAUUUUCUAUCCAAUUCUCAUUUUAUGCAUUUUACAGCUCAGUCUGCAGUGGCUAGUACACAUUGUUAUAAUCUAUCUUAGUGUUUCUUUGGGGAGGCUGUCUAACCGUAAAAGUUUUGGGGAACUAUAAUUUUACUUAAAUUUUUUCUUUUUUUCGAAGCUUUUUUUUAUAAAAUGAUUUGCUCCAGUCCAAUCGGCUUGAUGACCGUCGCUUACCUAGGCAGAUUAUCAGCUAUCUCAUUUCUUAUAGUACUGUUACGAUUUUCUAAGCAAUCCAGUACCAUUGCUAACUCGCAUAACUUGUGAUAGAUAAUUUUCUUCAAAUGCACGCCCACUUUUAAAUUGUUUUCAAACAAUUGUAAUACUAUCUGUCAUAAAUUAUAAUUCCAAUUUAUCAAUUAUGAUCCAGUUCCGCCUGUUUACAAACAAAACCCCAAUCAUUCUUCAAGUUCUUUGUCAUUAUGCACUUUGCACCUUCAUUAAAAUAAAAUUCCAAGUAUUUUGUUUAUUUACCAUAACAAAGCAAGCACUCAUUUGCGUGUUCGUAUUAAGUAAUAUGGUAUAAUUUAUUGCCACAUGCGGACCACUUAGUCAAUGGUGCAUCGAUAAUAUCAACAAAAAUGCUUAAUUUACAUAAAAGGAAAUCCACUUUUGCGCGCAGAUCAAGUGCAAGCUUCGCUCCUACCCAUACCAAGUCCAACACGUGCCGCAUAUGAUUUAAUUAAAGCUUAUUACACCACUGCCAAGUGAGGUGUUAACUACUCGAACAGCUGAUUUGAACCAGUUUCUGCGCAUAAAUUAUAGAAAUUGUAAAAAUUAAUCACAGAGUGUUGUAAAUCAGAAGACCAAAUAAGCUGCGCUGACUUGACCACUGCGGUUGAUCUCCAUAUAAGCGUAUGCUUACGAGCUACCGGAUUUUUAUGCAAAAUAUUGAAAUACUUUACGAUGAAAAGAGAGCAAUGGCGCGCUUCAUUAACCGGAUUGUAUAUCGAAAGCGCUAAAAUGCUAUUGAACGGGAAAUAUUUAGAAAAUACGCAAUGAACUUGUAUUUGAAGUUGGCUGCAGUAAAUUGCGGUGAAUAAUUAUAAGGCAGCGUGAGCUGAAGUUCUUCCCGUGCAUUGUGAACUAAAUAAAGGGCCUGCAGCGACACCUACUCAUCUAAUAAUCAUGCCAACCUUGUUGCCAGUGGAGACCUAUAAAAGCGUUGGAUAUUCUUGAAGCUGGCAUAACGCUAUCGAUCGACACUUGGUAAGAACGUCGAGCGGUCGUAAGGAGAUUAAGACAUAAUGAAGCAUACUGUGGUGCUGACACUGGCUGUGAUAUGCCUGGUAUGUGUGAUGCAGAAUGAAGCUAGCAUUUUGCCGUUGGUAUUGGAACCACAGGCACCGGUUGUGGUUUCGGUGCCAACGAUACCAGUGGUGAAGAUUGUGCCUGUGGCUGCUGGUGGUGCUGGCGGCGGUGGCGGUGGUGGCGCUGCUGGUGUUUUGGGUGGUGGCGGUGGAGGCGGUGGUGCUGGUAGCGCUGGCGGCGGCGGUGGCGGUGGUGGCGCUGCUGGUAUUUUAGGUGGUGGCGGUGGAGGCGGCGGUGCUGGUAGUGCUGGCGGUGGCGGCGGUGGUGGUGGUGGCGCUGGACUCCUUAGCAGUGUAGGUGGAUUGGGUGGCUCUGGUGGCCAUUAAUUGUAUGAUAAAGUGUUAUUUGUAAAUACGUUGCAUUGUUUAUAUGUUGGUAACAGUUUUUGAUCCAUUUUGUGUACUUAGUUUAUGCUCUUUACAUUCACAUUUCUGUCUUUGAGUUGCUUUUGGUUAUUGCAAGUGAAUAUAACAAAUAUUUCAAAAGUAAAAUAA